CCUCAAGACUAAACUAACUCCACCAACGCCCUAUGGAUGACGUUACAGCACAACAGAAACGUGAUCGUGUUGCUGGAAGUUUAAUUUAUCGAUAUAAUAAUGAACGCGAUCGGGAGUGUGACUAUCUUAUCGUUAGUGUUUAUGGUGAUGGGUACCGAGGCAAUCCGUUGUUAUCAGUGCAGCAGCGACAGCGAUGCCAAAGGUGACGAUUUGUGCGGAGCCUAUAAAAAGUUCGAUAAGGACAAGAACAUCGCUAUCGAAUGCAACAGCGAAGAAUCUCAUAUGCCCGGCACGUUUUGCGUGAAGAUCACUCAGCAAAGUCCUCGCGGCUUCAUUUGGAACGGCAGGUGGCGACAAGUGAUCCGCAGAUGUUCUUCCGUGGCCAGUACCGGAGUUACCGGCGUCUGUAAUUGGGGAGUCUACAAGAACGGUGUAUACUGGGAAGAAUGUUCAUGUUCAGAAGAUUCUUGCAACGGAGCAACCACGUUGUCCUCGAUCUCGAUGUUAUUUUUACUGUUGCCCAGUAUUUCGAUCUAUACAUUCUCAUUAACAUAACCAUAAUUGUUAAACAAACUUCGAGUAGCUCUCACACAAGAUACGCUUUCUUUGUGCCUUCACACGACUGCACAAGACACGUCCAGCGAAAAUAAUUUCAUUUAUGAUACCGACUGUUGGAGAUGGUCAAAGUACAAUAAGCCUUUAUAAUCUGACUAGAAGAUAGUAUCACCAGUAACCUUGAGAGAAACGAGGUUGCGUAUCCGUCCGUUUUAUAUUGUGUUUUUUUUUGUAAAUAAAUAAUUUUUAUAUACCAA